UCCCAGCUAUGGGAGCCCGCGCCCGGCUCACGCCAACAUGAACGCCAACGCGGCCGCGGGGCUGGCCCCCGAGCACAUCCCCACGCCGGGGGCCGCGCUGUCCUGGCAGGCGGCCAUCGACGCGGCCCGGCAGGCCAAGCUGAUGGGCAGCGCCGGCAACGCCACCAUCUCCACGGUCAGCUCCACGCAGCGCAAGCGGCAGCAGUACGGCAAACCCAAGAAGCAGGGCAGCACCACGGCCACCCGCCCGCCCCGCGCGCUGCUCUGCCUGACCCUGAAGAACCCCAUCCGGAGGGCCUGCAUCAGCAUCGUGGAGUGGAAGCCAUUUGAAAUCAUCAUUUUGCUGACGAUUUUUGCCAAUUGCGUGGCCUUAGCCAUCUACAUCCCCUUCCCAGAAGACGACUCCAACGCCACCAAUUCCAACCUGGAGCGAGUGGAGUACCUCUUCCUCAUCGUUUUCACUGUGGAGGCGCUGUUAAAAGUCAUUGCCUACGGACUCCUCUUCCACCCGAACGCUUACCUGCGCAACGGCUGGAAUCUCCUCGACUUCAUCAUCGUGGUUGUCGGGCUCUUCUCUGCCAUCUUAGAGCAAGCCACCAAAGCGGACGGGGCAAAUGCACUCGGAGGGAAAGGGGCUGGAUUCGACGUGAAGGCGCUGAGGGCGUUCCGCGUGCUGCGGCCCCUGCGGCUGGUGUCCGGAGUCCCAAGCCUGCAGGUGGUCCUGAACUCCAUCAUCAAAGCCAUGGUGCCCCUGCUGCACAUCGCGCUGCUGGUGCUGUUCGUCAUCAUCAUCUACGCCAUCAUCGGCCUGGAGCUCUUCAUGGGGAAGAUGCACAAGACCUGCUACACCACUCGAGAUGUCCCGGCAGAAGACGACCCCUCCCCCUGCGCCCUGGAGACGGGCCACGGGCGCCAGUGCCAGAACGGCACAGUGUGCAAGCCGGGGUGGGACGGGCCCAAGCACGGCAUCACCAACUUCGACAACUUCGCCUUCGCCAUGCUCACCGUGUUCCAGUGCAUCACCAUGGAGGGCUGGACCGACGUGCUGUACUGGGUCAAUGAUGCCGUGGGAAGGGACUGGCCCUGGAUCUAUUUUGUUACACUAAUCAUCAUAGGGUCAUUUUUUGUACUUAACUUGGUUCUCGGUGUUCUUAGCGGAGAGUUUUCCAAAGAGAGGGAGAAGGCCAAGGCCCGGGGCGACUUCCAGAAGCUGCGGGAGAAGCAGCAGCUGGAGGAGGACCUGAAGGGCUACCUGGACUGGAUCACGCAGGCGGAGGACAUCGAGCCGGAGAAUGAGGACGAGGGCCUGGACGAGGAGAGACCCCGCAACAGUGAGCAGCGCCUCCACCGGGGGCGGGACGGGGGCGGGGCCGGACGAGGAGAGAGCCCCCCCGCGACUGAGAGCAAAUACCGAUUCCACGCCUGCACGGUGCUGCUUCUGUCCCUGAUCCGUGGAUGCUCGCUCUCCUACGGCGCUGCUGGACUAAAUCUUCCUGCUUCCGCAGACCAAGUGGACGCCGUGUCCUCACACCUUUUUAGGGAACCAUCAGAGAAGAAUUUCUCCUACAACGCCUUCCCCGAGCCAGCCCAUGACGAGGAAGGGCCUCGAGAAGGCCGGCUCUGGGGAGACUGUGAGUGGACGAGGCGGGCUGCCCGGCCCCCCAAGGAUGUGCACACGCCCCGCUCUGAGGCGAGGCCAGCGGGGCAGCUGCCUUGCCUGCAGGCGGCCUGCACACUGGGCCCGGCCACCUCCCUGGGUGGUGGUGCAGAUUCAGGAGGACGACCUCGACCUCGACUGCGGGCCGCCCCCGUGAACGUGGUCCUGUCGGAGCUGGCCCACGCAGGACGGGGCACAGCCUCCUGGCCUUUGCCAGGGGCACGGGCUCUGGAGCAACCCUGCGGUGCUGCUGGAAUGUCUCGACAGAAGACCGAGGAGAAUCUGCUGCCCAGCGAGCAGGGGGCAGCCCCGCUGGCCCCGCUCAGCCUGGCCCGGCUGGAGGAGGGAGCCCCCGCCUGCACCACCCAGGAGCAGCUGGAGCACACUGCCCAGCCGUCACUGAUGGUCCGAGGACGCGGCACCCCUCUCCAGGGACCAGGUCUCCACAUAGAACAUGCUAGGUCUGAAGGCUUGUCGGCUGGGCCGGCCUCGUCCCCACGUCCACACACAAACACGCUGGGAGGUGCCGACGAGCGGGGUUCUCUCUCCAAAGUGCAGGUCACGCCCCGUCCACCCAGCCCCCACGUGGCGCCCUGGGAGCGUCUGAGACACAGAGGGAGAUGUGUAUUGUUUGGUGACAUGUCCUUUUUCCCUUUCAGCCACCGGAUCUCCAAGUCCAAGUUCAGCCGCUACUGGCGCCGAUGGAACCGGUUCUGCAGGAGGAAAUGCCGUGCGGCCGUGAAGUCGAGCAUCUUCUACUGGCUGGUCAUCUUCCUGGUGUUCCUCAACACGCUCACCAUCGCCUCCGAGCACUACAACCAGCCCCACUGGCUCACGGAGGUCCAAGACACGGCCAACAAGGCCCUGCUGGCCCUCUUCACGGCCGAGAUGCUGCUCAAGAUGUACAGCCUGGGGCUGCAGGCCUACUUCGUGUCGCUCUUCAACCGCUUCGACUGCUUCAUCGUGUGCGGCGGCAUCCUGGAGACCAUCCUGGUGGAGACCAAGGUCAUGUCCCCGCUGGGCAUCUCCGUGCUGAGAUGCGUCCGCCUCCUGCGCAUAUUUAAGAUCACGAGGUACUGGAACUCCCUGAGCAACCUGGUGGCGUCCCUGCUGAACUCGGUGCGCUCCAUUGCCUCCCUGCUGCUGCUGCUCUUCCUCUUCAUCAUCAUCUUCUCCCUCCUGGGGAUGCAGCUCUUCGGAGGGAAGUUCAACUUCGACGAGAUGCAGACCCGCAGGAGCACGUUCGACAACUUUCCACAGUCCCUGCUCACCGUGUUUCAGAUCCUGACCGGGGAGGACUGGAACUCGGUGAUGCAUGAUGGCAUCAUGGCUUAUGGCGGCCCCUCUUUUCCAGGGAUGCUAGUCUGUAUUUACUUCAUCAUCCUCUUCAUCUGUGGGAACUAUAUCCUACUGAACGUGUUCUUGGCCAUUGCUGUGGACAACCUGGCAGAUGCCGAGAGCCUCACCUCUGCCCAGAAGGAGGAGGAAGAAGAGAAGGAGAGGAAGAAGCUGGCCAGGACUGCCAGCCCAGAGAAGAAACAAGAGAUGGUGGAGAAGCCGGCGGUGGAGGAGACCAAGGAGGAAAAAAUUGAGCUGAAAUCCGUCACAGCCGCCGGAGAGUCCCCGCCGGCCACCAAGAUCAACAUGGAUGACCUCCAGCCCAACGAAAGUGAGGACAAGUCUUCCUACCCCCGCCCGGAAGCGACAGGAGAGGAGGACGAGGAAGAGCCGGAGAUGCCGGUGGGCCCGCGCCCGCGCCCUCUCUCUGAGCUGCACCUGAAGGAGAAGGCCGUGCCCAUGCCAGAAGCCAGCGCUUUCUUCAUCUUCAGCGCCAACAACAGGUUCCGCCUUCAGUGCCACCGCAUCGUCAACGACUCCAUCUUCACCAACCUGAUCCUCUUCUUCAUCCUGCUCAGCAGCGUCUCCCUGGCCGCCGAGGACCCGGUGCAGCACACCUCCUUCAGGAACCAUAUUCUGUUUUAUUUUGACAUUGUUUUCACUACCAUUUUCACCAUUGAAAUUGCUCUGAAGAUGACCGCCUACGGGGCCUUCCUGCACAAGGGCUCCUUCUGCCGGAACUACUUCAACAUCCUCGACCUGCUGGUGGUCAGCGUGUCCCUCAUCUCCUUCGGCAUCCAGUCCAGCGCCAUCAAUGUGGUGAAGAUCCUGCGGGUCCUCAGGGUGCUCAGGCCCCUCCGGGCCAUCAACAGGGCCAAGGGGCUGAAGCACGUGGUGCAGUGCGUGUUCGUGGCCAUCCGCACCAUCGGGAACAUCGUGAUCGUCACCACGCUGCUUCAGUUCAUGUUCGCCUGCAUCGGGGUCCAGCUCUUCAAGGGCAAGCUCUACACCUGUUCCGACAGCUCCAAGCAGACGGAGGCGGAGUGCAGGGGGAACUACAUCACGUACAAGGACGGGGAGGUUGACCACCCCAUCGUCCAGCCCCGCAGCUGGGAGAACAGCAAGUUUGACUUCGACAACGUUCUGGCCGCCAUGAUGGCCCUGUUCACUGUCUCCACCUUCGAGGGGUGGCCAGAGCUGCUGUACCGCUCCAUCGACUCCCACACGGAGGACAAGGGCCCCGUCUACAACCACCGCGUGGAGAUCUCCGUCUUCUUCAUCGUCUACAUCAUCAUCAUCGCCUUCUUCAUGAUGAACAUCUUCGUGGGCUUCGUCAUCGUCACCUUCCAGGAGCAGGGGGAGCAGGAGUACAGGAACUGCGAGCUGGACAAGAACCAGCGGCAGUGCGUGGAGUAUGCGCUGAAGGCCCGGCCCCUGCGGAGGUACAUCCCCAAGAACCAGCACCAGUACAAGGUGUGGUACGUGGUCAACUCCACCUACUUCGAGUACCUGAUGUUCGUCCUCAUCCUGCUCAACACCAUCUGCCUGGCCAUGCAGCACUACGGGCAGAGCUGCCUGUUCAAAAUCGCCAUGAAUGUCCUGAACAUGCUCUUCACCGGCCUCUUCACGGUGGAGAUGCUGCUCAAGCUCAUCGCCUUCAAGCCCAAGGGUUACUUUAGUGACCCCUGGAAUGUCUUUGACUUCCUCAUCGUAAUUGGCAGCGUAAUUGACGUCAUUCUCAGUGAGACGAAUCCAGCUGAACAUACCCAAUGCUCUCCCUUUAUGAACGCGGAGGAGAACUCCCGCAUCUCCAUCACCUUCUUCCGCCUCUUCCGGGUCAUGCGCCUGGUCAAACUGCUGAGCCGCGGGGAGGGCAUCCGGACCCUGCUGUGGACCUUCAUCAAGUCCUUCCAGGCCCUGCCCUACGUGGCCCUCCUGAUCGUGAUGCUCUUCUUCAUCUACGCCGUCAUCGGGAUGCAGGUGUUUGGGAAAAUCGCCCUGAACGACACGACGGAGAUCAACCGGAACAACAACUUCCAGACCUUCCCCCAGGCCGUGCUGCUGCUCUUCAGGUGCGCCACGGGCGAGGCCUGGCAGGACAUCAUGCUGGCCUGCAUGCCCGGGAAGAAGUGUGCCCCCGAGUCGGAGCCAGGCAACAGCACGGAGGGGGAGACGCCCUGCGGCAGCAGCUUCGCCGUCUUCUACUUCAUCAGCUUCUACAUGCUGUGUGCCUUCCUGAUCAUCAACCUCUUUGUGGCCGUCAUCAUGGACAACUUUGACUACCUGACGCGGGACUGGUCCAUCCUGGGUCCCCACCACCUGGACGAGUUUAAGAGAAUCUGGGCGGAGUACGACCCUGAAGCCAAGGGCCGCAUCAAACACCUGGAUGUGGUGACACUGCUGCGGCGCAUCCAGCCCCCACUGGGUUUCGGGAAGCUGUGCCCUCACCGCGUGGCCUGCAAACGCCUGGUCUCCAUGAACAUGCCGCUGAACAGCGACGGGACGGUCAUGUUCAACGCCACGCUGUUUGCCCUGGUCCGGACAGCCCUGAGGAUCAAAACGGAAGGGAACCUGGAGCAGGCCAACGAGGAGCUGCGGGCCAUCAUCAAGAAGAUCUGGAAGCGGACGAGCAUGAAGCUGCUGGAUCAGGUGGUGCCGCCCGCGGGAGACGAUGAGGUCACAGUCGGCAAGUUUUACGCCACCUUCCUGAUCCAAGAGUACUUCCGGAAGUUCAAGAAGCGCAAAGAGCAGGGCCUCGUGGGCAAGCCGUCCCAGAGGAACGCCCUGUCCCUGCAGGCUGGCCUGCGCACCCUGCAUGACCUGGGGCCUGAGAUCCGCAGGGCCAUCUCCGGGGACCUGACGGCCGAGGAGGAGCUGGACAAAGCCAUGAAGGAGGCGGUGUCCGCAGCCUCAGAGGACGACAUCUUCAGGAGGGCCGGAGGCCUGUUCGGCAACCACGUCGGCUACUACCCCAGCGACGGCCGGAGCGCCUUCCCGCAGACCUUCACCACGCAGCGGCCCCUGCACAUCAGCAAGGCGGGCAGCAGUCAGGCCGACCCCGAGUCGCCCUCCCACGAGAAGCUAGUGGACUCCACCUUCACACCCAGCAGCUACUCGUCCACGGGCUCCAACGCCAACAUCAACAACGCCAACAACACGGCCCUGGGCCGCUGCCCCCGCCCCGCCGGCGACCCAGGGGCUGUCAGCACGCUGGAGGGCUGCGGGCCCCCCUUGUCCCCCGCCGUCCGGCUGCAGGAGGCCGCGUGGAGGCACAGCUCCAAGAGGUGCCCCUCCCGGGAGAGUCCGAUAGCCAUGGUGUGCCCGGAGGAGGCCUCCCGGGGCGAGGCCCAUGAUGUGCAGACGUGUGAGGACGCGGAGUUCGGCAGCGAGCCCAGCCUGAUCCCCACCGAGAUGUUCUCCUAUCAGGAUGACGAGAGCCGACAGCUGACACCCCCUGAGGAGGACAGGAGGGACGUCCGGCUGUCUCCAAAGAGAGGCUUCCUGCGCUCCGCCUCCCUAGGUCGAAGGGCCUCCUUCCACCUUGAGUGUCUGAAGCGGCAGAGGAAUCAUGGGGGAGAUGUCUCUCAGAAGACGGUCCUGCCCUUGCACCUGGUUCACCAUCAGGUACCCACACUUUGGGAGGGCCGCUGGCCACCACCUGGCAGGCUAGACCACCCCUGUGAGCACCCGCAAGUCCCCGAGAUGCCCGUCAGCCAGCCUUUCCUGUCUCAGACCCCUGCUGCAGCCCCACCCCUGGCCCUAGGAGUGCCCAACCACACCCCCUCCUUCUGCCUCUUGGGCUGGGCGUCCCCACCCCCCAGUGUCACCCCCAUGGACACGUCACAUCAGAGCAGUCCUCAGGUCUUGAUCUCGGAAGGACUGGGAAAGUUUGCUCAGGACCCCAAGUUCCUGGAGGCCACCACGCAAGAGCUGGCGGACGCCUGCGACAUGACGAUAGAGGAGAUGGAGAGUGCGGCCGACAACAUUCUCAGCGGCGGUGCCGGGCAGAGCCCCAACGGCACCCUGCUUCCUUUUGCAAACUGCAGGGACCCGGGGCCGGACAGAGCGGGGGGCGCAGAGGACGCGGCCUGGGCGCCCAGCCCCGAGCCCCCUGCGAGCGAGGAGGAGCUCCGGGACCACGGGGCCUUGGUCAGCAGCCUGUAGCAGCCGGGCGGGACGUGCUCCUAAUGGGCUCGUUUCAGAAGUGCCUCACUGUCCUCGUGACCUGGAGCAAACAGAGCAGCGUCUUCAUUCACUGCGUGGGGACAAGACCGGGGCGGGGGGUGGCGUGGAGAGAA